GCAGACGUGCAUCCGGCAGAUAGCUCGGCCGUCGUGCACCCGCAGCGGGUGAGCGCGGGCGGCCGCUUCCUGAGCCACGCGGUUCACCAUGCCGCCAACGUGCAGCACGCCUCCGGCCGCCGCCGGCGCAGAUCCCCGGAGCUGGGAGGCCCCAGCAUGCACGUGCGGUUACCGCUGCCAGGCGCCGAGCCGCCGCUGCUGCUUCGCCUCGAGCCCAACGGACGCCUGCUGGCGCCAGGCUUUGUUCUGGAACGCCGGAUCGGCUUCGGAUUGUCUCCGAGCUACGGCGUGCGCAACCUGACCCGGAUAUCCAAUCCGGGUUGCUUCUACACGGGUUCCCUGCGUGGUGGGAACGGAAGCCUGGCGCUGUCUACCUGCAAUGGCCUGACCGGCUUUGUGCGUACAGAGCGCGAAGACUACCUUGUGGAGCCAUUGGAGCCACCGCAGGGACACGACCCUCAGCCUCAUCUCGUUUACAAGCGCUCCGUCAGCUCGGGAAAUGUCGGCGCUUUUCCUGACGAGUGGCUGUCACGUGCUCAGGACGGACAGCAGUCCUCGUCGUUCUGCGCCACCAACGCAUCACGCUUGAAACCUGUACUUCUUGUACUAAGCGGCAUCGUUAGGCUUGACUUCAGUUUCAGGGGACGACCCGGUCGCUGCUUCGCUUGUCGCAGCCGUGGAGCUGUCCCUCAGAUUAAACUGGUCCAUGUCGCGCUCAAGUACAGCCCGGCUGAUGUCUCGAUGACCGGCUUUGUGCGUACAGAGCGCGAAGACUACCUUGUGGAGCCAUUGGAGCCACCGCAGGGACACGACCCUCAGCCUCAUCUCGUUUACAAGCGCUCCGUCAGCUCGGGAAAUGUCGGCGCUUUUCCUGACGAGUGGCUGUCACGUGCUCAGGACGGACAGCAGUCCUCGUCGUUCUGCGCCACCAACGGAGCUGCGUUGCCCGCCCACAGCCACGGAGGGUUCCGCGCUGGGCCUCGGGAGCACCGGCCGCGUCGACGUAGUCGUCGCUCGGUGAGCCUGGAGCGUAACGUGGAGACCCUGCUGGUGGCCGACCGCACCAUGGUGGAGUACUACUCCAACGAAGACCUACAGACCUACCUGCUCACCGUGCUCAACAUGGUGUCCACGUUGUUCCAUGACGCAAGCAUAGGCAACGCCAUCAACGUGGUCCUGGUCCGCAUGAUUCUUCUAGAGCCAGAAGCUACUCAGGAAGAACCGCUGCCGACGUCCGAGGAGCUGGACCAAUUGCGAGUGGACGAGUCGGCGGACGGGACGCUGAAGAGCUUCUGCCGCUGGCAGCGUUUCGUCAACCCGUCGGACGAGAGCCAUCCGAACCAUCACGACUUGGCCAUUCUCGUCACAAGGUUCAACAUGUGCGCGCCUGGUCUGGAGCUGUGCUCGACGUUAGGCCUGGCCGAGGUGGCCGGCAUGUGCCAACCGCAGCGCAGCUGCAACGUCAACCAGGACUCGGGGCUCACGCUCGCCUACACCAUUGCGCACGAAAUCGGCCACAACUUCGGCAUGAGCCACGACGGACCUCACAACGGCUGCCAGGCGCCAGCGGGUCUCCGGCAGCACGUGAUGGCGCCCCACCUCAGCUCGGACCCGUCGCCCUUGGUGUGGUCCAACUGCAGCCGAGAAGAGAUCACACGCUUCCUCGACCGAGACUGGGGCAGCUGCCUAGACGACGAGCCGCGGGCGCACCAGUUCACCUUUCCAUUGCUGCCACCGGGCGCGAUGUACGACGCCGACCACCAGUGCCGGCUGCAGUACGGGCCGGCCGCCGAACACUGCGACGGCAUCGAGGAAGUGUGUCGGACGCUGUGGUGCCGCCUGGACAACAAGUGCGUCACCAAAAUGGAGCCAGCUGCACAGGGAACCGUCUGCGACAAGAACAAGUGGUGCUACCUUGGCGAGUGCACUGAGAUGGGUGAGCGUCCGGAGGCCAUCGACGGCCACUGGGGCCCCUGGUCCAACUGGUCCGAGUGCUCGCGCAGCUGUGGAGGUGGUGUCACGGUUUCCGAAAGACACUGCGACCACCCGAGGCCGGCUUAUGGCGGACGCUACUGCAUCGGGGAGAGGAAACGUUACAGGAUGUGCAACACUCAGAGCUGCGCCGAGGAUGCGCCCAGCUUUCGGGCUGUACAGUGCAGUCAAUUCAACAACGUUUCCUACCAAGGAGAACUAUUCAACUGGUCACCCGUAUCGACUCCCGCAACUCCGUGCCAGCUGCACUGCAAGCCAGACGGCAAGUUCUUCUCUCGUGUUCUCAAGGAGUCGGUGACCGACGGCACGCCAUGCAGUCCCGGGUCGCGGGAUGUCUGCAUCAACGGCAAAUGCAGGCGCGUGUCCUGCGACUGGGGCAUCGAGACGAGCGCCCGGGAGGACCGAUGCGGCAUCUGCCACGGCGAUGGAACGCGCUGCAUUACCGUCCACAAGGAAUUCAGCCAGAAGGAAGGCAUCGGCUACACGGAGAUAGGUCGUGUGCCCAAGGGCGCCCGCAACAUCCGCGUCGAGGAGCUGGGCGCGUCGGGCAACUACCUGGCCGUCCAGGGCGCGGCCGACGGCGAGUUCUUCCUCAAUGGUGACUGGCUCGUCCAGUGGAGCGGCGAGUACGCGGCCGCCGGCACCACGCUUUUCUACCAGCGGCAGGGCGAGAGGGACACGCUCCACGCACCGGGGCCCACCAAGCAGGAGUUGGUGCUCUACUUGCUUUUCCAGUCGGUGAACCCGGGUCUCAAGUACGAGUACACGGUGCCCGAGUUGAACGCGAGCCGUCGGCCCGAGUUCCACUGGCGCUGGUCGGACUGGAGCCCGUGCACGGUGACGUGCGGCGGCGGCUCGCAGGAGUCCCAGCCGCGCUGCUUCGAGAAGGAGGCCGGCCUCGUCGAGGACACCCACUGCGAGCCGGCGACGAGGCCGGCCACGCGCCGGCGGCCCUGUUCGCGGCAGCCGUGCCCGGCGCGCUGGUGGACCGGGCCGUGGCAGCCCUGCUCGGCCACCUGCGGCGGAGUGCGGCGCCACACCGUGCUGUGCGUGCGCUCGCGCGGCAAGGCCGACCAGCUGGCGCUGCGCCAGGAGGCCUGCGACCCGGCGACCAAGCCGAACGACACCGAGCCGUGCCCCGACGACCCCGGUGCCCCGGCGCGGUGCGAAACAACGGGACGGCCGCCACUGCCCAGCCGGAGGUGUGUGGACCGGAAAGGCCCGACCUCUGCGCGACCGACGGAGACGACCGUUGUUGCGACCGCAGCGCCUUGCAGCAGCGGCGACGCAGCUAACGACAGCAGCGACGGCGUCUGCGACUCGAGGUCGAGUGACGCCCCUCCGCGGCCCACCGCGAGCGUGGUGGACAUUCAGUCCAACACCGUGCUCGACAUACCCCUGGGAGACGCGCCCGGCGACUUCUGGAACCUGUCCGGCAUAUCGGGCCUGCCCCAGAUUCUGGACCUUCCGGUUCCCCGCAAGGUGGUGGUCCUGGAGGACGCACGCUACGCCUGGCGGGCUUCUAAGUGGUCCAAGUGUUCUCGUCUGUGUGGAGGCGGCGAGCGGCACCGGCGGGUGAAGUGCGUGGACAAGGUGACGCAGAAGGAGGUUCCCCAGAAGUCCUGUCUCCUCCACACGCCGCAGCACCUAAAGCCCCCGGAAAAGUCUCCGUGCAACAUCGACCCGUGUGUGCAGUGGCAAACGUCGGAAUGGUCGAGGUGUUCAGUCAAGUGCGGGCCGGGCACGCGACAACGCGAAGUGAGCUGCCCGCUGCGCGACCGGUGUGACCCGGCGCGAAGACCAUCCAACUCGAGCGCCUGCAACCGUGGUCCGUGCCACGACUCAACACCCUCGACGCGGCUGGUGCCUUGAUCGCGAGCGACGGCCACCCUGUGUUGGGACUCCUUUGCGACCCGUUUGUACCACCUUCGGGCUUUUGUGCCCCCACCACGGGCCGCUGAUUCGCCGCUCGCCAACACCCGUGUGAUUUCGUGUUUUGUUUCAUUUUUUUUAUAUUGAUCAGUCGGAUUGUUGUGGAACGCCGUCCUUGUGCCGCCGCUAGGCAUUAAGCGCCAGCGUGUUGACACCAGGUGCAUGUGCCAUGGCGUGUCUCUGUCCCUGUCUCUCUGCGUUUUCAAGUAGCACACCCAUUUUUCUCGUGCACACGUCUUUUACAGAUAUUGUAAGGUUAUACAAACCAAGUGCGUAGAGGCUCAUUUUCGCAGCGGUGAGUUUCCGAUUUAAACAUAAGAUUACGUGUCUUCAAGUCAGUCACAAAUGCACAUUAUAGUGCUUGCCAAAUCCCUCUUCCCGCCUCAUCGUACUAUCUUCUCAUCGCGCUUAUAAUCAUGAAUCCAUAUCUCACCAAAUCUUUUUACAAACGCCUCCCCUUUUCCGUUGUCUUUUUUUUUGUGUAUGUCUGCCAUUAUGAUCAAAGACACACUACCAAUGCCAAAUAGUAUUGCGCCUGACAUUUAAGGCGUUUCCCCAUCUCCCCUUCGCCACCGACUGUCCACCAAAGGAGCCACCUGCCCUCUUGUAGCGGGUGAUGGACGUUAUUGUGCAUGGUACAGCGAAGUACUGCAUACUUUGUACCUGUGUCUCCCCUCGAAACGUUCAAUCAAUGUUUGUUGCUGCGUCGCAGUUUUUUUCUUCUUCUCGAAUUUAUAGCGUACGACUUGACGAAGAAAAUACGUCGCAAGUGCGACGGGUAUGAUCGAGAGAGCGCGUGUAGUGCGUUUACCUCCCUUUGUAUAUUUAUAUAUAAAAAUGGCAACGUUUCUCGA